AUGGCCAACGCACAGCAGCAGGAGAACAUGCUGCUCACAGAGCACUUCUCCUGGCCUCCCAUCUCCCUCAUCGACGACAUAAUCAACGCCAUAAACGAGGUCCUCUACCGCUGCACCGACACCUUUGAGACGGGCAUAUCAUCCGCACCCCCGCACCUGCUUGGAUUCGCCGACCGCUAUGCAGCCGAAAGGCGGACCCCAGAAAAAGACGAGGACGGCAAUGACGCCUACCCGGACGCCGCGCUGGAGAUUGAGGAAGGCGUGCUCAAGCUGGAAACGCUGAUGGAGAAUGCCGUGGACAAGAACUUCGACAAGCUCGAGAUCUGGACCCUGCGCAACGUCCUGUGUCUGCCGCGCGGCGAGGAGGAGCUGGCGCGGUGGGUGCGCUUGGGGCAUUACGCCGGCAUCGCAGACACAGCUGGGAAGGGCGCAGGCGAGUGGACGCCGGAGAAGCUGUAUGCGCUGCGCCGGAAACUCGUCGAGACGCAGAAACUGCACGCCGCGCUGCUGGCCGAGAAGACGCGCAACGAGGCGCAGAUUGCGCUGCUGAAAGCGCUGCUGCAACCGCCGCACCCUCAACACACGAAGAGGGAGAGCGCGAGUCCAUCCCGCGCCGAAUCAACUCCAAACGACAGCGGCGCCUUUGCCUUCCUGACACACACGCCCGCUGCACAGUCCCUCGGCCUGCAACCUCUACCGCAAACCACCUCCUCUUCCACAUCCACAACAACACCGCUAGCCACACACACCUCCUUCACCACCUCGCAACUCCCCUACCUACGCCAACUGCUCUCCAAUCUAAAACCCCAUCUCGCAUCCACCGCUCUGCCCCCCAGCACAAGUACAGGUACAAGUUCAAGUACCGGCGCCAGAAACACCUCAGACACGGACGACGCAUCGCGAGAGAGGAAACUGUACCUCGAGAGCCAGAGCAAGCGCAUACUAGAAAAGCGAGGCAUCGACACGAGAGAAGGUGUCGAGGGCGCUGUUGAAGGCGUUAGGGUCAGGGCUGAUGAGGUGAGAGGGCUGGAGGGCAUCGUCGAGGCGCUUGGGAAAAGCAAUGGGUCGGCCAGGGAGCAUGGCGAGGCCAUGGACACGAGCUAA